AUGGAGGAUAAGAGCUCCCAUGAGGUACUUUCAUGGAAUUUUGCCGGCAAGUUUGCCUGUCUCGUUUGCCCCACCAAUCCCGUUCUCGACUCCCCCGCCAUGCUCUCGACGCAUGUGAGCGGCUCACGACAUCAAGCUGCCGAGCUGAGGCGUAAAAACAGAGAAUUGGCUAUGCAAGAAGAAGUUAAGAAACUAUUAGUGUUGUCGGGCUGUGUUAGUGCUAAAGCUCCUGCAAUCAAGCAGUUGGAAUCAACCAGCAAACCCUUGAUUGAGCCAGCACGAAAGGCUGUAUUAGACGUAAUUUCUGGCAAAGUUGCUAUACCUGAGGUGAAGCCGACAGUUGCUAAAUUGGGGAGGCCGUUUGUUGGAGAUAAUGGCAGCAAUGCUGAUACUGUCGGAGUUGAAGCAAAGCUAGAGGUGGUUGUUAAAGAAGUGCAGCCAUUGAAUUAUCGACCACGCCAAGAGAGGGAACUCAAGUUCACAGCUGCUGGAUGGAAACACGAUUGCCAUGGUAGAUGGUUCAAGGAUGAAAAUGUGGAAUUUGAUUCUGGUGAAGAAGACCCGAACAUUGUGUUAAACGAGAGCAGUUGAUUUAAGCAACAUCAGAGUCUAGUUCUAGUAUACGAAAGAUGCAAGGAUUCACCCUGAGAACCUCCUUGCUCCUUUUACCUCACCACAAUGUUGCGCCCUUCGUAUCUGCACACCCAUCCAGCGCUUUUCCAUCACGCACGUCCAUCACCGUAUCAUGACUAACUUUGUCGUGAUGAGGGACAUCGAGUUGUUGCUGGCAGUCCUCUAUCUUAACAUUGAGUUUGGUCAUCUAUCUCUGGAGCUAAUCAUUUAGCUUGAGUGAUUCGUAUCAUCAACUAAUAUUGGUGAGAAAGAUGUGUUGAAUAGUUUGUAGUGCAAGAGAGAAUUGGGACGGGUAUUAAAUUCGUUGAUUUAUACUUUUUGUCCAAAGAGGGAGACUAGGAUUGAAGGUGAAGUCGAUUCGAUUGUUUCAUCGCUUUCACAAAUUUUUUUUUUCUUCUUUGAUGCUGACUUAAGACAAUUCUAUGCUAUAGGUUCAUAGUGUUGUAGUAAUACUUGGUAGUUAUUCUCAGUUUGGC